AGGCGUGGCCUUGCCGGCACACACACACGCACGUAGGAUGUACGCACUUAGUAGUACACACAUGCGAACAAGCUAGGACAGUCAUCACGUUGUACAACGGCGCGCAGAGCAUAAACAACUACUUCCACGCAAGGAUUGUAGAGUGUCGACAAGCAAGCAAGCAUGAUGUUUGGAGCUGUGGUGGUGGGCAUCGGGACAGCAGGUUGGGUGAGGAUCAGAGACAUCUUAUCUUCGCUACCGGGCAGUUCCGCUGAGAAAUUCACUGUCCAAGGAUUCGUCUCUAGGAGAACUCUGGACAGUCAGCAAGGAGUGAGUCAGAUUCCAAUGAAAGAAGCUCUAAGCAGAGAAGACAUUGACGUGGCGUUCAUCUGCACAGAGAAUGCAUCACAUGAGGAUGGUGUCAAAACAUUUUUGCAGGCAGGGAAACAUGUUUGUGUGGAGUAUCCCAUGACGCUAAACUACAAAGCUGCUGUUGAACUCUGGAAUUUGGCGCAGGAGAAAGGGGUGAUUCUUCAUGAGGAGCACAUAGAACUUUUUUCGGAAGAUUUCAAAUGGCUGAAGACAGAGGUCAAAGGAAAAACUUUGCUGGAAGGAACGCUUCAUUUUACAGGUGGAGUUCUGAAGCCUGGAUUUGGUUUUCUUUCAUUUAGUGGCAUCGCUCGUCUCACCUGGUUGGUUGAGUUGUUUGGGGAGCUCUCUGUAACUGCAGCAACCAUGGAACAAGACUUGGGCACUAACUACAGCAAGAUGACUGCAAAAAUGCUAACUGCUGACAAAAAACCUUUGACUUGGAUUGAGGAACGAGCACCAGGCCUCCCAAGAGCCAAGAAUAUCAACUUUCAAUUUGAGUCCGGACAACUGAUUGAAAUCCCUCCAACACCCAGAGGGGCAGUGGGUCUUUUCAUGCAAGAUCUGAUCCACUUCUCCUCCAAGCUAAUGGGCCAAAUAAGCCCAGACGAUCUCCAGAAAGAGAAAAUUAGAGUCCUUCACUGCUUAGAAUUGGCUGAGAAAAUACAGCAACUUUGCCAGAGAUAAUAAGUCUCUCUACUUAACCAUUUGCAAUAUGAAUUUUGACUUUUUGCAAACUGAUUUUUUAGAGAUUAAAGAAAGGAUGCCAGAUGAACUGCAAUAUUUAUACAGGAUUAAAUUUUAGUGUGUCCGUGUAUACAAAACACUAUUUAAAUGAAGGUGAGAAGAAAAUGCAAACAAAAACACAAAUAUGCUUGUUGAAACUAAUACUUUAAAAUAUGGUUCAUAGCAGGUUUGUGAAACAAAAGAAUGACAAGCUGCUCCCCAAAUUCUUCAGAAAACCCUGAAAAACAUUCUCUGCAGAGAAAAACAUUAAAAAAUGCCUAAAAGAUUUUUUAGGGGGAGCCAGUGCCCUCGCAGCACCCCUUCUAGCUCCGUCAGUGAGAAGCAUUCCUCAAAUUAGGGCGACCUGAGCAGUUGGCGGACCAGUUUUUCCAAAGGGUGUGCUACCAAGUAUGAAGUUGAGAGUUGCAGAAAUGUUAUCCAGUCUAUUUUAGGAGGUCUGUGUGGAAUGAUCAGAUUUGGCUUUUCGUGUUGACAACCAAGCAUUUGUUUUUGCUCUAAUUUUCUGUGAGAUCUCGUGUUAUUUGACAAAAACACAUGGGUGCCAAUGCAUAUUGAGCCUUGACUACACCUGUAUACUAUACAUACUGUAUAAACAUUUUAAUAAACACUUUAUGGUUUA